AUGGAAGCAGGAAACAUGUUGCUUAACACUAGUUAUUUUGUUGUGGUCACUACUUUAACUAUAGGAUAUGGGGAUAUUUACUCUCUUACCUCAGGGACCAAGAUGGACACUGUUUUCUUGGUAUUGGCAGGCAUUCUCGUCUUUGUUUUGGGUAGCACUGUGAUCUAUAAUAUUAAGUGGUGGCUGAACAAGACAUAUUUUAGUAAUGUGAAAGGGUUAAAGAAAGAUUGCCUGCUAUUUGGUUUAUCGCUUGUGGGGGUAGUUGGGAGCAUUGGUAUAGAAAUGCUAGGUAUUUUUCUUCUUGAGCACAUGGAGAGUGACCAUUACAAGAUGACUGUCAAAGAUUAUUUUUAUCUAUCUAUGUUGAUAUUAGCAACGAUUGGAUACGGUGAUUCUUAUUUCCGAAUGAAAGGGGGCAAGGCAUUUGCUAUUCCGUGGAUUUUGGAACUGACAUAG